AUGACAGCCCAGUCUUCAAAGACAGUGCUGUCCCUGGACUCUGAGGCAGUGCGCUCACUCAAAGAUGGCAUCAACUUUAAGAAGAGCCCAGAUGAUGGCAAGUGCUACAUCAUAUACAAAGAAAAUGGAGAGCUGAAGGCCUGCAAGAACCAAUGCAAACACCAAGGAGGCCUGUUCAUCAAAGACAUUGAGGACUUAGAUGGAAGGACGGUCCGAUGUACAAAACACUACUGGAAGCUGAACGUCUCAACUAUGCAGUAUGUGAACCCUCCCGACAGCUUCACACAGGAUGAGCUGGACGUCGUGAUGACGGACGAGGGUGAUCUUCAGCUCGUGGAGGUGAUCGUCUGGGACCCCUGGUUGGCAGACCCCCAGGAUCCACAGGAACUGCAGGAGGGAGAGGUGACUGUGACCUACCUCACCCAUGCAUGCAUGGAGCUCCAGCUAGGGGGGAAGAAGAUGAUAUUCGACCCCUGGCUGACGGGUCCAGCCUUCGCCAGGGGCUGGUGGCUGCUCCACGAGCCCCCUGCUGACUCCAUGGAGAGGCUGUGCAGGGCGGACCUCAUCUACAUCAGCCACAUGCACUCCGACCACCUCAGCUACCCAACCUUAAAAUCCCUUUCUGCAACGAGGCCCGAUGUUCCCAUUUAUGUUGGCGACACAUCAAGGCCAGUGUUCUGGAUGCUGGAGAAAAGACAGUUGCAGCUGACAAAUAUCAACGUGGUUCCCUUUGGCGUUUGGCAAAACAUUGAUGAGCACCUCAGAUUCAUGAUUCUGAAGGAUGAAGUGCACCCCGAAAUGGAUACCUGUAUCAUUGUUGAAUAUAAAGGUCAUAUGAUCCUCAAUACGGUGGACUGCACCAGGCCAAACUACGGCCGGCUACCCCACAAUGUGGACCUGAUGAUGAGUGACUUUGCUGGGGGGGCGUCUGGCUUCCCCAUGACCUUCAGUGGAGGAAAAUACACAGAGAGCUGGAAAGCCGAUUUCAUCAAGAAUGAAAGGAAGAAGCUCAUGAACUACAAGGCCCAGCUGAUAAAGUCCUUGCAGCCCAAGAUCUACUGCCCGUUUGCGGGUUACUUUGUCGAAGCACAUCCCUCGGACAGGUACAUUAAGGACACGAACACGAAAAACAACGCAGAGGAGCUCAAUGCCCUGAUCAAGAAGAGCGCUCCAGGCAUAGCAACAUGGACACCCAAGCCAGGUGCUGUGCUCGAUCUGGCCCUGGCUCUGAUGAGCCCCAGCCGGGAAGCCAUCACCGACCCUCCGACCGGGACAAAACUCUAUAAGGACAGUUGGGACUUUGAUUUGUACGUGGAUGAACUGAACAGGGCCAUCACCGCUGAGAUAUUUAGACAUAAAAGCUGGAUCCAAUUUUAUUACACCUGGGCAGGGUUUAAAAACUACAAUCUGGUUGUUCGGGUCAUUGAGACAGAUGAGGACUUCAAUCCGAUAGUCAAUGGCUACAACUAUCUGGUGGACUUCAUGGAUCUCUCCUUCCCUACUCAGAGGCCUGCCAGAGAGCACCCUUAUGAGGAGGUGAGCAUGGCUACAUUACCUGCUCACCUAUAUACUAUUAAGUACACUGCACUCCACUUAUGA